ACAUGAUCAACAAAUAGCAACAGAAAACAUGGCGGAUACAUAGUCACAUAGUGCAAACUUUUACACCAUGAUCUAAAAACAUGUAAAUAUUCAGAUGAAAGUUACAAAGAUGUUUAAAUCAGGUGGAUAAAUGAGAAAAAAAAACCCUCUUGAUACAGAACGUCACACUGAAAACCCUCACACCAUUUUCUAAAAAUGAAUCGAUAUAUCGUUUCAAAACAACUGGGAGAUGGGACCUAUGGUUCUGUAUUACUGGGCAAUGUCAAGGACACCGGUGAAAAGGUUGCUAUAAAAAAAAUGAAGAAGAAAUACUAUUCGUGGGAAGAAUGUCUGGAACUUAGAGAAGUGAAGUCUUUAAGGAAAUUAAAUCAUCCAAAUAUCAUCAAAUUGAAAGAAGUUGUAAGAGAAAAUGAUUUGCUAUAUUUUGUUUUUGAAUUUAUGAAAGAAAAUCUUUACCAAAUGAUGAAGGAACGAAGUAAGUUAUUACCAGAAUCUAAUGUAAGAAAUAUUACAUACCAGGUGUUACAAGGAUUGGCUUUUAUGCAUAAACACGGAUUCUUUCAUCGUGAUUUGAAACCUGAAAAUUUAUUGUGUUCUGGUCCUGAUUUUGUUAAAAUAGCUGAUUUUGGUUUGGCAAGAGAAACAAGAUCAAGACCGCCAUAUACAGACUAUGUUUCGACAAGAUGGUAUAGGGCUCCAGAAGUGCUGUUACGUUCAACUAACUAUAAUUCACCAAUAGAUAUUUGGGCUGUUGGUACAAUAGUGGCAGAACUUUAUACGCUAAGACCUCUCUUUCCUGGUAGUUCAGAAAUAGAUCAGAUAUUUAAAACUUGUGCAGUGCUUGGAACACCAAGACAGGAAGAGUGGAAGGAGGGUUAUCAGUUAGCGGCAGCCAUGAAUUUUCGAUGGCCUCAAUGUGUUACAACUCAUUUAAAGACUUUAAUCCCAAAUGCCAGCAAUGAAGGAUUACAAUUAAUAAAAGAUAUGAUAAUGUGGAAUCCAAGUAAACGACCUUCUUCAGCACAGUGUCUACGGUAUCAAUAUUUCCAAGUAGGACAGAAUCUGGGUAUGCAACAACAACAAAGACCACCAAUGUCUAGUGGAAAUGUUAAUACGUAUACACCUAGUUCACCUAUUGUAUCACCUCCACGUACAAUACCUGAUAAUAAACCAUCAUCAGAUAAUAUAUCAUCUAUGUUACCUACCAUAGGUAAUUCAAAAAAAGAAGAAAGUAGUUCUUUUGCUGUAACAGUUUCAAAGAAACCCAGUGGGCGUAAAAGAUGGGGUGCUGGUAAUGCAGGACUAUCUGAGACGUGGGAUGACUGGGAUGAUCUCGACUUUACAAUUCCGUCCAAACAGAAAGCAUCCAAUAAAAUUGUACCUCCUAUUCAUAAUAAUAAAACCAAAGACAAGGAAAACUUAGAUGAUGAUGAUGAAUUUUUUUCGGCCUUGUUACACAGACGGCAAUCUAAACCAAAUAAUAGACAAAACACAGGUAACUCUGGUAGAAAUUCAGCCAAACAACAUUAUGUCAGUAAAGCGAGAUAUUUACCAGGUAUAAAUCCUAGAAAUAGUGCCACUCGUAGAGACAGUGAUGCCAGUAACUGGGGAACAAGUUUUAAUAAAAACACUGGAAUAACGGGCUUUGGAAUCUCACGCACAAAUAAUUUUAAUCAAGGGGGUAAUACCAAAACAAAUAGUCCAGGUGGAGCAUAUGUACCGUCAUUUGGUUCUAGUUCAAAACCCACUUUUCCAUCUAAUAAUUUAGCAUGGAAGAGAGCCCAGCCUUCACCAAUGUCCCUUAAACAAAACAAAACAUCAUCAUAUCGUACGCCAGUAGCACAGCCAGGUAGAACAGAUUGGGCAGCAAAAUAUUUAAAAUAUUAAAGUCAAAAACAAAAUUAAAUUAGUAAAUUAUACUAUAUUAAAGUUAGUAUAUAAAUUGUACAUAUUUUAUGUUAAUACUUAGCCUUACUUCAUAUGUAAUAUUUAAGGGUCAAGUGUAUAUCAAUAUCAUUGUAUAAUAUAAUCAUUUCAUGCCAAAAUCCUUAUAAAGGUGUAACUAUUCGAUUCUAAAGGAUUCAAUAACAAGCUUUAUGACAAUUCUGAUGACAAUUCAACAUAAAUUGUGAUAAAAGACACACAUUAUACGGUUAUGGAUUACUUGUUUAUUAGACAGAAAAAGGUACUGUUGAACACAUCUAUAUUUAAAAUCAUGAUUUUUUAAACAAAGUAAUUAUUUAUGAAUCUGAAUAUUAAUCAUGAAUAUCAAUUUGCUAAUGUAUUGUUGCAUCUUCUACUUUUCAUUAUCAUAAUAAUAUUAAUGUGAUAAGAUAUUAUGUUCAUUAUUUAGAUGUAUCUGGCUGAAUUAUUUUUAUUUGUUAGAAAAAUGCAGAUUUUUCUGAUUGCAUAUCGAUUUGACAUAUAAUUUAAAUUAAAAAAAUAUAACCAUUGUUUUUAUAUACACUUUACAAAUGUGUAAAAAAUUUCUUUAAAAUUAUUCAAUGGCAAAAAUAUUUCCAGGAACCUGGAAGUUUUUGUAAAUAUAUUCCAUAUAGUUGAAGACCAAAAUUAAAAUCUCAGACUGUAGAAUUAGAUGGUUUAUCUCAUAAAUACACAGGUACAUCUAUUUUAACAUAAUGGAAAACUGUGGCUCAGUUUCCAAAUUUUAAGGGGAGAUUUCAUUAUUGCCACUAUUUUGAAUCGCUAACAUUUAUUCAUUAACAUGGCAUUUGGUGACCAAGUGGUGUAAAGCAUUGUUUGGUUGAUGGAAAAAGACAUCUAUGUAUUUGUGAGUUGUAUCAUUGUAUGUGACAACGAGUACGGUAUGGUUGCCUGUCAACAUCAUAGGAUUUCUAAAAACUACUGGGUGCAAAUGCAUUAAUGAAAUGAAGAUUAGCUACAUGCUAAUGAAAUAGUAUCCCUGUGCUAGUCGCAAAAUCACAUGGUUUUGUUGAGUGGACAUUAAACCUCAUUUCUCUCAUUCUCUUUAAUCAAAAAUGGAAUACAUAUAAAUCGACUAAAAGGUGGGUAUUAACUAUUUAUAGGAAAGCUUUCACCUUUUAGCAAAUAUAUGUCUUUUAUUUUUCAUGUUAUUGUUAAUAAAAGUUAUGAAUAUAUUAUUAUUAUUAUUAUUAUUAUUAUGUAUGUUAGAUACUAAUUGUAAUGUAAAUGUGGCCUUCUAUUGAAAUCCCUUGUGAUAUAAAUUAUUCGUUUAGUUUCAGAACACUAUUCUUUUUUUUUAUUUCAUCUUGUAAAAGGUUAUGAUAAUAAUUUCUGCCAGUAUUACUAUUUUAUAAAGGUAUAUUAUCUACCAUAGUUUUAUCUUGUUUAAUGUCUAGAAAGAAGAAAUCAUAUCAUACAUGAAUCAGAAAAUAAGAGACUAAACUAAUCCAUAAUCAGAUUCAAAUAUCCAGUAUGUAAUAUGAAAAGUUGUAAAUAUAUUUUGCUCUAAGCAUCACCUAAUAGAAUAAAAUACAGGUAACAUGUAUGACAAAAUCUACUACAUACUCAAAACAUAACCAUCUGUGAGUCCAUACAUACACCCGAUAACAAAAAUUUACAUAUGUUCUGUCAUUUUCACAUAGUUAAAAAUCUAAAAAGAAUCAGACAAGGUUUAUUCAAACUUGACAUCAUUUUUUAGUUUUUGUGGGUUAGGAUAUUAUGACACACAGAAUUCAUAAAUGAAUUAAAAUAUUUUAUUUCUUUACCAAGGAUGGAUUUACAUAAUAAAAAAUGUAAUUUAUUGGUCAUGUGUAUAAUAAAUGGAUCUGAUGCCCUUUGUGCCAAUUUCAAUAUUUCAUGACAUGUAAAGUAGGGUAUAAUAUUUAUGAUGUGAUUUCAGCAGGGAUACUGUUUUUUAUUUGUAGAAAGGUUAUAAAGUAUGAUAAUCAAAAUGUUGAUAAUAAUGUACAUAUUUAUAGAUAUAGAUAGAUCUAUUUGUAGUUAGCACCUAUUGAAUAUGUACACCAUACUAUUAGACUUUAUUGCUCUAUUUGAAUGUAUAUUAAUAUCUGUGAUAUUGUAUUGUGUAUGAUUUGUAAGGCAUUUUCUCAUGUAGAAGUGCUAUUUUAGCACAUGUUCAUUAAAGUUAACUACUUUCUUUCAGUCAACCUUAUAAAAUUUCAUGUAUUUAUUCCUAAUGCCUAAGAAAUGAUACACUCCCUUUAAAAUUUAUCUUCUUAAUAAAUGCAAAUUAAGCACAAAUGUGAAGGUCAGUAUUUACUAUCAGGGAGACUUUGUAUUACUUUAAAGAUGCAUUAUUAGAACUUAAGGUAACUAUGCGUGUCUUUCAACUUUCAGAAAAUAUCAAAAUUCUCCUGGCUUAAUCCACGCUAAUGUGUACUAUGAUGAUUAUUUAACAUUUAAUUAAAGAUACAUUCCCGGGUACAAACUGGGUGAUUUGAUGAUAUAUUUGGACUAAAAACAUAUUCAAACUAAUUAAUUAAUCAUAAUUUUGCUUCAAUUCCUUCUCAAAACAUUGUACUUGCCAGGGAAUACCCGGGCUAUAAAAAAAUCGAUCAAAAGAGGUCAUGUUUGUGUCACGUGACAUACCUCUCUCUCGGAGGAGAAUUCAUUGCAUACACAAGACGAUGUUGUCUUUAAUCCCGGACUAUUUAUUACAAAUAUCGAAGCCUAAUUUAAUUCUCGGAUUAUCCACUGCCCGCGUCUUUUUUCGUGAUUUUUAUCACAGAAAGUGUUGUACAUCUAACUCUUCAUUAAGUUUAUCAACAUGUACAUCAAGCUCUCAGUCCAGUAGUUUUCUAGUAAGAUUGGAUAUUUCUACUUUUCGUAUAUACCAAAAUUUCCAUACUUUUAUUGGAAAUAACCACCCGAUAAAUACUUUUCUAGGAACGUACCUUUAAGAAAACAAAAUCAUAAUAACAUUAGAUAAUCUCAGAUUCAGUCGGAUUUAAAACGGGCCCAUCAAAUGGGUUCACAGCAAAUAAAGGACAUGUUACACAGGGAGCAGUAUAGAUCGAUGGAUUUUUUAAUGGUCAUAUCUUUGUAAAUACUGAACGAAAUUGAACCAUUUUUGGACUGACAUUCUUGUUAUUCUACUGUCACAAUAUUGUAGCUUGCACGAGAUUUUAUAACAAUAAAAUCAUGCUCAGAA